AUGACAUUCACCUAUACCAAAGACGUUGCCAAAUUCGUCGUGGAAGCUCUCGACCUAGCUACAUGGGAGCACGAUACAUAUCUCAUUGGCGACGAAAUGACCUGGGAAGAAUUCAUUGUAAUUGCCGAAGAGGCUCGUGGAGGGAAGAAGUUCUAUGUCACAUACGAUAGCGUUCAGAAGCUCCAAUCUGGCGAGAUCACGGAGCUGCUAGGCCAGGUUGCUGCAUACUCGUACUUCCCGAAACAGUGGGCUUAA